AUGCCGUAUCAGGCUUACAGUCUUGUGAAGCUCCAUGAACAAGGCCUAUGGCAGUGUGCAGUCCUCAGUUCUUCAUGGAUUGAGGGUAACUGUGCUACAUGGCCAAAAGUUCACUCGAAGGACUUUUAUAAGUCCGUUCGCAUUCCAGCCGCCAGCUGGAUCAUUGAAGCUGAAUUGCAAAGUCAUUCGGACUUACGCUCCAUGAACAAGGCCUAUGGCAGUGUGCAGUCCUCAGUUCUUCAUGGAUUGAGGGUAACUGUGCUACAUGGCCAAAAGUUCACUCGAAGGACUUUUAUAAGUCCGUUCGCAUUCCAGCCGCCAGCUGGAUCAUUGAAGCUGAAUUGCGAAGUCAUUCGGACUUACGGUAGGUGUCAUGUAGACCGCAUUAACUUUUCAGACGAUUUCAAAAAGGCCCGUGAACAUGAGAGGAAGUUCCAGUACACGUCGGACCUGGAGACUUCGGAUGUAACCAUUGAGAUGGGU